AUGACGUCCCUGAAGAGAUCAUCCACUGAUUCGACAAAUAGAUCUAACAUCUCAUCAAAAGUCUUUCUCAGAUCAAGUAAGGGCAAAUGCACAAAGGUCGUCCGUGAGCUCUAUCUCAGGCAGGACAUACCUUGUUCUUCACAGCUAUGUUUCCCGUGCAGCGCAGAUGCGCCCGCCGACUCCAAUGGCCGUGUAAGACCAUUCGUUCUCUCAGCCACGCCGGCUGCGAAUAAUAUAUUCACGAAAGGACACUAUAUAGUCCCCGAUACGAACAUAUUCCUCUAUUGUAUGGACAUCAUAGAGCACAAAAGCGCUUUCUACGAUGUAGUUGUGCUUCAAACCGUGCUCGACGAGCUCAGAAAUCGGUCCUUGCCAUUGUAUAAUCGGCUACGGUCCCUAGUCAGCUCGCAGGAGAAACGAUUCUACGUCUUUCACAAUGACUUCCGAUUGGAGACAUUUGUGAAGCGCUUGGAGGGCGAGACAAUCAACGACCGGAACGAUCGAGCCGUGAGGAGGGCUUGUGCGUGGUAUAAGGAACACUUGAUGGAUGCAGUUUCGGGAACGAAGAGUAAUUGCCCGGAAAUUAUCAUGGUGAGCGAUGAUAAAGGGAACCUUGCGAAGGCGAAGAAGGAAGGGAUCGAGUGCGCUUCUAUAAGGGAUUAUGUCCGAGGUCUCAAGAACGCCGAUGAGCUCCUUGAUAUGAUUUCUGCGGCUGUGGAAGACGCCCAGGCUAAGGCUUCUAAGGCGGAAAUGCUGUAUCCUGAAUACUUCACAAUGUCUAAAAUGCAAACUGGUGUUAAGGCGGGAACGCUGCAUCAAGGAGCUUUCAAUGUAUCGCCAUACAACUUUCUCGAGGGAAGUGUUCAUGUACCGGCUUUCGACAAGGCUCUGCUCAUUUUGGGUAGAGAGAACAUAAACCGAAGCGUAUCGGGUGACGUUGUUGUUGUAGAGAUCCUGCCAAAGGAACAGUGGAAGCAGCCGAGUACAAAAAUCGUGGAAGAGGAAAGUCUGACGAAAAACGACAACCCGGACGUAGAUGCGCCUGAGGCGAUCGAGACUGAGCAGGAGCGGAAGGCACUGGUCGAAGAGGUCAAGAAGACACUUGGAGGCAGUGCCGAAGGAAAGCCGCAACCUACAGCGAGGGUUGUGGGUAUCGCGAAGAGGAAUUGGCGAUAUUACGUUGGUCAUGUUGACCCUUCUUCUGCCUCAGCCUCUCGCGGCCGUAGCCAGCAGACUGUUUUCUUAAUACCUAUGGAUAAACGUAUUCCCAAAAUUAGAAUCCGAACCCGCCAAGCCUCUGAACUUCUGGGUAAGAGGAUUGUUGUAGCAAUAGAUUCAUGGGAUAGAACAUCGCGGUACCCUGUCGGGCACUUCGUCCGUUCACUUGGUGAACUCGAGACUAAAGAGGCGGAGACAGAAGCAUUGCUGCUCGAGUACGAUGUCCAUUAUAGACCAUUCCCGAAGGCAGUCCUAGACUGUCUCCCCAAGGAAGGUCAUGACUGGAAGGUCCCCCAAGAUCCAAACCACCCAGGAUGGAUUGGGAGAAAAGAUUACAGGGGUUUACUUGUAUGCAGUAUCGAUCCUCCUGGCUGUCAAGACAUCGACGACGCACUCCACGCAAAACUACUUCCCAACGGAAACUAUGAGGUCGGCGUGCAUAUUGCCGAUGUCACACAUUUUGUUAAGCCCAACAACCCAAUGGAUGAUGAAGCUACAGCCAGAGGAACCACAGUUUACCUUGUCGAUAAACGUAUUGACAUGUUGCCCAUGUUACUCGGAACAGACUUAUGUUCACUGAAGCCAUAUGUGGAACGUUACGCAUUUUCAACAAUCUGGGAAAUGACACCGGAUGCCGAGAUUAUCUCUGUUGAUUUUACGAAGUCGGUCAUCAAGUCGCGAGAGGCGUUCAGUUAUGAGCAUGCGCAGUUACGAAUUGAUGAUGAAUCGCAACAAGAUGAGCUCACUAACGGAAUGAGGGCACUCCUUAAACUCUCCAAGAAGCUUAGGCAAAAGCGUAUGGACGCCGGUGCACUGAACCUUGCGAGUCCUGAGGUUAAGGUUGAGGCCGAGAGUGAGACGAGCGAUCCGAUUGAUGUAAAGACAAAGAAAUUACUAGAGACGAACUCUCUGGUCGAGGAGUUUAUGUUACUCGCCAAUACUAGUGUCGCAAGCAAAAUCUACGAGGCUUUCCCCCAGACGGCCAUGCUGCGGCGUCACGGCGCUCCUCCAGCAACCAACUUUGAGGAGUUGCAAACUCAGCUCCGAGUCCGAAAGGGUCUUACCCUCCGCGUCGAUUCUUCAAAGGCGGUCGCGGAUUCACUUGAUGAAUGUGUCGACAUCAGUGAACCGUUCUUUAACACUCUUGUUCGCAUCCUCGCAACAAGAUGUAUGCUUUCUGCGGAAUAUUUCUGUUCUGGGACUCAAGCGUACCCAGAAUUCAAGCAUUAUGGACUGGCUUCUGAGAUCUACACCCACUUUACAUCUCCCAUCCGACGUUAUGCAGAUGUAGUGGCCCACCGUCAACUCGCUGCUGCGAUAGCCUACGAACAACUUGAUAACUCUCUUCAUAGCAAGGCGAAGCUCGAGGCUAUCUGCAAGAAUAUCAAUGUCCGUCACCGGAACGCACAAUUUGCAGGACGCGCAUCUGUAGAGUACUAUGUGGGGCAGGCGCUCAAGGGGCGCGUUACUAAAGAGGAAGGGUUCAUCAUGAAGAUCUUCUCCAACGGUUUUGUUGUGUUUGUACCCAGAUUUGGUAUCGAAGGGAUGAUCAGGACACGGGAGUUGUCGCAGGGAGGGGUAGAGCCGGAGACAGAAUUUGAUGCGGAGGCCUAUGUAUUGACUAUCGGUGAAGGUAGCGAGAAGUUGAGUGUAGGGCUGUUUGAUAAGGUUGUGGUGGAGGUAACAGAUGAUAAAGAGGAGAAGACGGGAAAGAGAAAGAUAAAACUGACGUUGGUCAAAGUUGGAGGGAAAUAA